AUGUCCAUCCCGCCAUUCCACAUAGCCUUCCCAGUCCAUGACAUCCAAGCAGCUAGAGACUUCUACGGCGGAGUCCUGGGGUGUCCCGAGGGUCGGUCUGCAGCCACGUGGGUGGAUUUCAAUCUUUACGGGCAUCAGAUCGUGGCGCACCUGGUUCGCGGCUACAACGCAGCUGCCAGUCACAAUGCGGUGGAUGGGGACCCGGUUCCCGUACCACAUUUCGGAGCGGCGCUCAGCGUGGAGCAGUUCCACAAGUUGGCGGAGAGACUCAAGGAGAAGGACGUCAAGUUUGUAAUUGAACCUCACUUGCGCUUUCAGGGCAAGCCCGGAGAGCAGUGGACCCUGUUCUUCACCGACCCCUCGGGCAAUGCUCUGGAGUUCAAGGCGAUGACUAAUCCGGAAAACCUCUUCGCCAAAUACACCGUCACCGACUGA